UAACCACCAAUAUCUGGAAAAUAUGAACAUACAAAUACACACCAAUUAAAUGAAUCAAUCGAGAUGCGCCGGUGACUGUUACACGUUUAUAUUUCUCUUAAAAUAACCUCCAGCUCCUCGUUCACUGACUCGUAUCCCCAUCACAGCUUCUAAAGCCAGUGAGUCAGGCAUCUAAAUGUUCCGUAAAUCUCCUGAUCUGUCUCUACAGGGGUUGACUUUGCACAACUCAGCAAGUAUUUGACAGCACACUCCUGAGUGGUCAAUAUUCACAGUCCAUGCGCACAUUCGGUUAUUUUUAUGGCUCCAAAACGGCAGCAAAUUCAUCUGGUCUUAGUUUUGAGAAGUAAACCCUAAUAAGGGAUUUGAUGACUUAUAGUCAUCGACUAUAAGUCGUUCAUUUAUUGUGUUUCGAUUUUGUUUCCGAUCUCCUCUAUACACAGGAGUCAUGCUGUGGCAAGACAUGAAUUCAUUUUUCCUUAAUAAUCCGUCUUUUUAAUUUCACGAUGCUGCUAGUUUGAGUUAUAUCUCGGGCAUGAUGAAAGAACAGACAGUGUUUGCUGCAGAGUAUCCCAGGCUUGCUGCCUCUUGCCCGGUAUCUAAACCGUCCCCCACCUCUCCCCACCUUCCCUACGGUAAUCCUGCCUGUGUGUUGUCCCUGAGCGCAGCCUGGACACACACAACAAAAACACACCCAGGAGUUAAUCUGGAUCAUGAUGGUAAUUACUGCCUGUGCGUCCAGCCUGUAGGAGGGUAUUGUCCACUAAGGGAGGAGUCAAGCAGUCGGUUCUGCCUACUGACCUUGGAGAAAACUGCGAGGGAGGCGGCCUGGCUGAGGAUUCCUCCAAUCUGUGAACCGGUGGGCAUGUGACAUCACCCCCUCCGCCCCAUCUCUCCCUCCUUACAUCAGUGCAUCUGGCCAAUCAGUGCUCAAGGAGAUCCAGUCACAUGAGAAUCCCCCCCCCAGUCUUGGUUACCAUGACAACGAGCACUGGUCCAGGCAGCAUCUUGCUGUGGUGAGAAAAGAGGAGGUGGAGGGGGGGGGAAGAAGGCAGGAGGAGAGGCAGAAAGAGAAGAGGAAAGGGAGGAAGGAAGAUAGAAAGACAACAAUUCCAUUCUGAGGAAUAGCUUUUGGAUCUUCAGCUUGUUCCUGUCUUCAUUCAGUACAAAUGAAGAUUCCUGAGGCUGGGAGUUAAAGCUCUCUAGCAGAGAGAGGGUUUUUCCAGAGCUGAGGCUGGACCCAGAAGCCCCUUUCUGGGGGUGAGGGGGCCUCAUAGCCCGGGAGUUAGUCUGGACCAUGGGAGAUGGAGGUGCUGGUGCGGCUGGAGGAGAUGGGGUGAAUCAGUCCCAUGUCCUGUUUGACAACUUUGUCCAGGCGACCACAUGUAAGGGCAUUCUCAAGGCCUUCCAGGAGCUAUGUGACCACCUGGAAGUAAAGCCCAGUGAUCACAGGAUCUUCUAUCACAAACUCAAGUCCAAACUCAACUACUGGAAGGCCAAGGCCCUCUGGGCCAAGCUAGACAAGAGGGCCAGCCACAAGGAGUACAAAAAGGGCCGUGCCUGUGCCAACACAAAGUGUCUGAUCAUUGGUGCGGGGCCAUGUGGCUUGCGUACAGCCAUCGAGCUCGCUUUCCUGGGGGCCAAAGUUGUGAUUCUGGAGAAGAGAGAUGCCUUUUCUAGAAACAAUGUGCUGCACCUCUGGCCCUUCACCAUCCAGGAUCUCAGGGGUCUCGGGGCCAAAAAGUUCUAUGGGAAGUUCUGUGCUGGUGCUAUCGAUCAUAUCAGUAUUCGGCAGCUUCAGCUUAUGCUUCUCAAAAUGGCACUCCUGCUGGGCAUCGAGAUCCACGUGAACGUAGAGUUUAAAAGCCUUAUUGAGCCUCCUGAAGAUCAGGAAAGUGAAAGAAUUGGCUGGAGAGCUGAGAUCCACCCUAGGACACACCCCGUCAGCGAGCUGGAGUUUGAUGUCAUCAUUGGAGCAGAUGGAAGGAGAAACACGUUACCAGGGUUUCGGCGCAAGGAGUUCCGGGGAAAGCUCGCCAUCGCCAUCACUGCUAACUUCAUUAACAGGAACACAACGGCAGAGGCAAAAGUUGAAGAGAUCAGCGGCGUGGCCUUCAUCUUCAAUCAGAAGUUCUUUCAAGACCUCAGAGAAGCAACCGGCAUUGACCUGGAAAAUAUCGUCUAUUACAAGGAUGACACGCAUUACUUUGUGAUGACUGCCAAAAAACAGAGCCUGCUGGAGAAAGGAGUCAUUCUACAUGACUAUGCAGACACCGAGCUUUUGCUCUCCAGAGCCAACGUAGACCAGGCUGCCUUGCUGUCUUAUGCACGUGAAGCUGCAGAUUUUUCAACCAACCACCAGCUGCCCACACUGGACUUUGCCAUCAACCAUUACGGCCAGCCUGAUGUAGCAAUGUUUGACUUCACCUGCAUGUAUGCUUCAGAAAAUGCCGCCAUGGUGCGCCAACGCAAUGGGCACAAGCUGCUAGUGGCGCUUGUUGGCGACAGCUUGUUAGAGCCCUUCUGGCCCAUGGGGACUGGCAUAGCCCGAGGUUUCCUGGCAGCCAUGGACUCGGGCUGGAUGGUGAAGAGCUGGGCCCAAGGAAAAACCCCUCUUGAGGUGCUGGCUGAGAGAGAAAGCAUAUACCGCCUUCUGCCUCAGACCACACCAGAAAAUGUCAGUAAGAACUUCAGUCAGUACAGUGUGGAUCCUACAACUCGUUACCCCAACAUAAGCCUCAACUUCCUCAAACCUAGCCAAGUGCGGCACCUGUUUGACACAGGGGAGUGCAGGGAAGUUCGCAUCGAAAUCGAGAACGUGAUCAACUCAUCAACCCCCAAGUUGGCCAGGAAUGACAACUGCCUGCUUGACAAGCAGUUGCAAGAAUCCAUAGCUCGGUCCAGUAAGCUGCUCAACUGGUGCCAGAGGCAAACAGAGGGCUACAGGAAUGUUAAUGUGACAGACCUCACCAUGUCUUGGAAGAGCGGCCUGGCCCUUUGUGCCCUAAUUCACAGAUACAGGCCUGAUCUUAUUGACUUUGAUUCCCUGGAUGAACGAGACCAGGAGAAGAACAACCAGUUAGCUUUUGACGUGGCAGAAAGGGAAUUUGGCAUCUCACCAUGCAUGACGGGCAAGGAGAUGUCCUCUGUGGUGGAGCCAGACAAACUCUCUAUGGUCAUGUACCUCAGUCAGUUCUAUGAGAUGUUUAAGGACACAGUGCCACCUGGAGAUAACCAAAAUCUGAGUCCAGAAGAGAAGGCUGCGUUGAUAUCGAGCACAAAGUCUCCCAUAUCUUUCCUUAGCAAGCUGGGUCAGAGCAUAGCAAUCUCCAGAAAACGAAACCCCAAGGACAAAAAAGAGAAGGAUUUAGACGGGAAGAGAAGGAAAACCAGCCAGUCUGAAGAUGACGAGGUAUCGAGGACCAAUCGUGACGACAGGCCAUCUGUUCCUGCGAUCCUGUCGGAGAGAAAAAUGGACUCUGCUGCUGUGGGGAACAACAACAAAGUGAAGGUCAUGGCCACCCAGCUGCUUGCUAAGUUUGAGGAGAAUGCUCCCACUCAGCCUACAGGACUCAAACGACAGGGGGACUCGCUGCCCAAUCUGGACCAUCUUUUGCCCCCUUCCCCACCCCCUGUGAGAGAGCCAGUGCGUCUGGCACCUGUCCCAGCAUGGAGAAAGAGACGCACACAGCAGCAGGAGAAGCUGAGCAUUCGGUACAAAGAGAUGAUCAAGUGUCAGACGUUGCCCAGCAGAGGGGAACAGGCCAGAAGUGGCGCAGACCAGCUGUACAGCUCGGGCUCUCGGAGCUGCCCAAAGAAAACCAUUCUGCUCCCUUCUUCCUCCUCCACUUCCUCGCUCUCUCUCCACUCAGAGCAUGAAUGUAAAAGUCUGGAAGAAGAGGAACUUGAAUACUAUGAGAGGCCUCUGGCACACGGGGAGUGGAUGCCACUGCACCCAACUGACCCAGGACCCAUUCGCAUACCUGGUAUACAGGAGAGGGCUGAGCGCUUAAUCUCCAGGUUUAAAGGCAAACCCGAUAAACCACCAAAGCCUAAGAAAAAGCCGUCCCGUUUCUUUUUAGAGCAGUGGUACAUGUCCCGAGGCCUGACUGGGGCUCCUGGUUCACCACUCUCCUCUCUUGACUCUGCCAGAAAGAAGCCAGCAAAGCCUCUGGACUCUGAUGGCCAAAUGCCCUUGUGUGUGCUUAGUAUUCAGGAGAGGGCUGAUCAACUUGCUUUACAAUUUGAGGGCAAGCCAGUCAAACAACAGCCUAAGAAAAAGCCAUCACGCUUUUUUAUGGAACAGUGGCGCCUGGCCAGCCCCCAGAGCCCCCCUGAUUCUCCCCCCACCACGUCUGACACCUUGAGACAGCAGUAUGUAAGGAUGUACACAGGGGGCGUUAGCUCAUUGACCGAGCAGAUAGCCAGUCAGCUUCAGUCUCCCAAGCCCACACAUGUACCUGAAAAGAGGGAUUUGGGCUCGCUCAGGAAAGAAUUCCCUGUCAACAUCGGAGGCAGCGAUGUUUGUUUCUUCUGCCGAAAACGCGUGUACGUGAUGGAAAGGCUGAGUGCCGAGGGGAAGUUCUUCCAUCGCAGCUGUUUCAAGUGCGACUACUGCGGCACGACUCUACGACUGUCCUCUUAUGCGUUUGACGUCGAGGACGGAAAAUUUUACUGCAAGCCCCACUACUGUUACCGCCUGUCUGGGUAUGCUCAGAGGAAGAGGCCUGCUCCCUCUGCUGCUCCAGUCACAGCCAAGGAGAAUCAGACCCCCCAAAUACCUACUACGACCGUGGAUGCCCCUGGAAGGGCGAUGGCAGCAGCUGCCCCCUCGGCUGACCUCCAACCCUCAGUGCUGGAAGUGAACGGCCUGCAGGAACCGAGCCUAGCUAAACGCCUGAAGGGAACUCCAGAACGCAUUGAGCUGGAGAACUACCGUCUGUCCCUGCAGAGGGAGGAGGAGCUGGAGGAGGUGCCUGAGGAGACGCUGGCGGAGCACAAUCUGAGCAGUGUGCUGGACAAGGCCACAGAUGCUGACCUGGGUUCAAGUAGCUCAGAGUCAGACAUGGAAGAGGAGGACGAGCAGGAGGAUCAAGAAGAGGCGGAGGAGCAGCCUCCCAGCCCGUCAGACCUCGGCGGCGUUCCGUGGAAGGAGGCGGUAGAGCUCCACGCCAAGCUGAGGGGCGAUCACUGCGAGGAGGGAGAGGGUGAAGCUUUGGCUGACACAGGCAGCAGAGAUGGGGAAGUAGAUGAAGAGGACGAGGAGGAGGAGGAUGAAAAUGAGGCCGAAGAAGAUGAGGAGUCGAGCGAAGAGGGGGAUUACUGGCCCUGGGAUAGAGAACUCCAGUCAGGCCUUUGGCUGGAGAAGUACCUUACAGACGAAGAGGAUGUUGGUACAUUUAAAGCGAGGAGUCUCCACAUCCAACAAGUCCUGCAGCCUGUGGAUCCCAGCGCCAUUCCAGGUUUGAGAGCACAUCUGGAGUCUGAGGGAGACAAGGAUGAUGGCCAGCUGGCCUCAGCCUCCCAACUCUCCCAGCCCUCUGAGCUCACGCAGCCCUCCUCUGCAGCCCCUGCCCACACGUCCGCCCGACACGAGGCAGUGAGAGUCUGGUUGGAGUCCCUGUCUGGAGAGCCCUGCGAAGAUGAAGUACUCGAAGCAGAAGCAGACGGUCCAGAUAUGGAGCCUGGCACAGAGAUGGAUCAGGAUGACAUCCCUUCGGAUGCGGAAGCUGAGGCUCGUUUGCACCAGUCGGAGCACGAUGAAGCGCUUCCCGAGGAAGACAAGAAAUCGGAAAGCUUGGCAACAGCUUCCAGUAUGGAACCAUCCAGCAUCAGACUGCUGCAGAAGGACGAUAUCGUUCUUUUUCCGCUUAAACCAUCCCCAGAACCUGAAACCCAGAUAAGUCCCGUAAAAUCUCCUGGUCUCCGCUUUUUUCCUGAUCCUUUCAUACCUGAGGAAACAAAGCCAGAAAAGAUGACUCCAUCUCCAACUUCCAGGAGCCCGCUGUGCCCUUCACCUGCUCCUGUCCAGCAGUUGUCUCCUGUUCCCUCACCUACUAAUGCUGCUGCUUCUACACCAGUUAAAACCCCAACGUCUGCUUCAUCUCCUCCUCUUUCACCCACCAAACCACCUGCUGCCUCUCCACUACAGCCACCCAGAGAGUCACCUCUCAAGUCACCAGUGAGCUCACCAAUUUGCUCCCAGCCUACACCCCUGCCCGAAACUGAAGGACCUAAAUCUCCCGUCUUUCCUCACCGCUCCAUUUGCCCUCUCACAGGAAACCCCCUCUCCCCGAUCUGUGCCCAGCCGCUGCCCUGCCAUGAACCCUCAUCACCCCUCACCUCUGAUUCUCCCGUCAGAACUCAGCCCGUCCCUGCAGUCACUUCAACGCCCUUGGCUAAAACCAACACGGCCACGCCAGAGCCUUCAAAUUCCUCAACAGAAGAGACGCCGUCUAAAAAGACGGAUAUCAUUGAGGAGUUCUGGUUGAAGAGUGCUGAGAUAAGAAAGAGCCUCGGUCUGACUCCUUUGGACCGCAGUAGUAAAAUCUUAGAAAGGAGUGUUGUUAAGACUCCACCUCAGGACUCCAACUUCGCUAAGACACAAACGGCAGACGUGUCCGGGGAACAGAAGCCUGCCUUCACUGGCCGGGCUGUCAUUCGCAGACUCAACAUCACUCUCGAGGGUCAGGUCAUUACUCCUAUCGCUCCUGUUGAGCCCAAGAGCGAUGGCUCUGAUAAAAGAGACAUCAGCAGCAGCUCAGGCUUGGGCUUGAAUGGAAGUGUGGCCACAAGCCAGACGGUAAACAGUGACAGCUAUAACACGUCCGACUCGGCUAUGCUGACACCACCUUCCAGUCCGCCACCACCCGUGCCUGCUAAUCAGUCUCCAGCCGUGCUCAGGCAGCAGAGACACCAGGUGUCCUGGACCAACGGAACAGAAAAACUUCCAUCUGAGCAUGCCAAAGAGCCAGCAAAAGCCACUACCCCUGUUCCUGCACCCAGGACCCAGCUGAGCCCCGUAUCUGUGCCCAAACCAGCACCUAGGAAGGUCUCCUCACCUCAGGCAGCUCCAGAAACAACCCCGGUGGUCGUGAUGAGGGAGAAGAAGAGGGAGAAGCCACGUCCGCAGGAGACGAGGAAGUCAUUUGUGGAGACUGUGGAGGAGAUUCCUUUUGCUGACGAUGUGGAGGAGAGCUACGACGACCGGACACCAGACACAAGCAUGAACAGGUAUUACACUCCGCCCACGAGCAAGCCGAGCAGGGAAAAACCUCCCCUUCAUCUGGCACUAGCAAUGGAAAAUGGUAAACCCAAUAUCCCAGUCAACCCAGUCUCUAAGACCCAGAGGGCAACUCAGUUCUCUCCAGAAGCCAGGGAGAUUGCAGAGGAGAGGAUAAGGGCCAGAGAAAAAUCUGUCAAGAGCCCGGCUCUAAAAGAAGCUAUGGCCAAACAGUUGAGCAAAAUGAAAGAGUCCGAUGGGGAAAAGAGCGCCUCACCUAAAGUGGCCUGGAAUGUAACACCAGACACUGUUGGAAAAAGUAAAAAGUCGGCUGCAUCUCCAAAGACAUCAGCUGUGAAAGCUUUAGAGUCAAAGAAGUCCGAGGCCCUGUCCGAGCGUUUCUUUAGCAGUAACAAGAGCCUGGACAGCUCGGUGGCUUCGUCAGACGGCUCCUCUACAAGUAAAAGUAAGAAACGAAGCUCCCUCUUCUCCCCGCGGAAAAACAAGAAGGAGAAAAAAGCCAAGAACGACAGCAGCAGGCUCUCGGGCGCAGAUGAGACGCCUCCAAAACACAAGUCUCUGUGGAAGGCUGUCUUCUCAGGGUACAAGAAGGACAAGAAGAAGAAGGAUGAUAAGUCGUGCCCGAGUACACCGUCGUCCAGCUCCACUACUCAGGACUCUGGGAAGAGAAGGACAUCACCUCUUGGGAGAUCUUCGGUAGACUUGAAAACGCGGAGAAACCUGAGUUUCUCCGAAGAUUCCGACCUGUCCUGUGACGAUGUUCUGGAGAGAUCCUCCCAGAAGUCCAAAGCAGAUAGGCAUGUGGACAUCUUUGACCUAGUAUCAGGCAUGCAGAAGGAGGCAAUAAAGGAAGAGACACUGGAAAAGGAGAGGAGGAGGGAGUUGAAGGAAAAAAGGGGGGUGAAAGAGAGGCAUAAAAAAAGGGGACAGGAGAAGGAGGUUAAGCGAGAAAUGGAGAAAGACGACGAGGAGUCUGUUUAUGUCCCUCACGCACUGGCGUUCAAGAGAUCGUAUGCCACAAAGAAAACCUACACGGAGGAAGAGCUUAAUGCCAAGCUGACGCGUCGAGUCCAAAAAGCUGCACGACGACAGGCCAAGCAGGAGGAACUGAAGCGGCUCCACAGAGCCCAGAUCAUCCAGAGGCAGUUGGAGCAGGUGGAGGAGAAGCAGAGGCAGCUGGAAGAGAGGGGCGUAGCUGUGGAGAAAGCUUUGAGAGGAGAAGCAGGAUUGUAUAAAGGUACUUGUACAUUACCCAAACAGCACAAAAGAAGAUCAGACUAUUGGGGAGAUUCUAAUUACAGUGAAAUCCUGGACUUGCAUCUGGGCGGUAUGGGUAAGAAAGACGAUCCUAAACUAAUGCAAGAGUGGUUCAAGCUGGUGCAGGAGAAAAAUGCCCUAGUCCGCUACGAGUCCGAACUCAUGAUAUUUGCCAGAGAGUUGGAGCUGGAGGACAGACAGAGCCGACUGCAGCAGGAACUCAGGGAACGGAUGGCCGUGGAAGACCACCUGAAAUCUGAGAAGGAACUGGCUGAGGAGAAGCAGAUCCUGAAUGAGAUGUUGGAAGUGGUGGAGCAACGAGAUGCCCUGGUUGCCCUCCUGGAGGAGCAGAGACUUCGAGAGAAGGAGGAAGACAAGGACCUGGAGGCUGUUAUGCUCUCUAAAGGCUUUAACCUCAACUGGGCUUGAUGUGAGGGAAAUCAUUUCAAGUUUUCGACUGCUCGUAGGUGCUCUCAGUCUCACGUGGGCGUCUUUGAUGUGGAUAUAUCUGCUGAACUUUGACACAGGCAUUUGGCCUAAAACUGUCACACCUAGAGCAGUGAAUGUGUGAAGAACCCCAACAACAUAAUAUGUACACUACGGCUGCUGCCUGUGAUGUUGGAGCAGUCUGCAGCGUUUACAUAUCCCCUGCCCAAAGGCAGUACAUGUUAAUCACUUUGCAGUUAUGCUUGCUGUCUCAGUCUGUGGGUGGAGACGUGGUGUGUAUAUUCACAACUUUAACAUCAACCUUGAAAAUUGUGGCGGGGGGUUAGGAGAGCGUUUAAAGACUUUGUUCUCCACUAUUUAAAGGGAAGAAUGAAGAUUGGUCCUGCUGAUGUACAAGAAUUGUAAAAACAAAAAUGGGAGGGGGUAUAAUCGAGUCCCAUUUUCAGUAGAUGAGGGUCCUCGGUCUUAGUGCUGCAGAGGUGUGUUUUAAAUGUCAGAGCAAGGUCUCCUAGCUCGCUCUUUUCAGUCCGACUGUAGAACGGACUCUGCUGAAGCUGCCUUUUUUCUCCCUAGUGACAAACUCACAUCAGCAUCCUUCAGAAACCACAAAUGCAUCAUAAAACGCUCCAGGGUUGUUGUUGUUUUCUUUCCUUUCCCCCUGCAGAGUCUGUCACCACUAUGAAUCCAUUAAAUAUGUCCAUGUUUAUGUAUUUAUUAUCAUGUUUUGCUUUU